UCCCAGGUUCCAAGCGGCCUUGGCUGUGUGACUCUGUAAUUAAAAUGUGGGUCCAGGAUCGGCCGAGCCCCGAAUUUCUUGAAACUUGCAGUGUGCAAGUGUGCGGGCGACGCCCUUCGUAUAAAAGCAAAGACCCCCAGACAGAUCCGUUUCCUUCAAGGAUUCACGGACAGACAUAUAUGUACAACCUCUCUCCUUUGACAUAUACCUAGUACCCGCCAGAACUGCUGGUGUCCAUCGCCAUCCCCCCUACUAUUCCCGACACUCUCCCGCCCAACAACAACAGCCAUGGAGUCCGGCCGAGUCGGAAAGCGCUACCGACACUCCGGCGACCGCUGCUGCUGCUUCCCCUCCUUCAAGCACUUCUGCUGCUUCUGCUGUCUCAUCAUCCUGCUCAUCCUCGCCGCCAUAGGAAUCGCCCUCGGCCUCCUGUGGCCAAAGGUUCCCGCCAACGGUCACGGCAACCCGUAUGUGGCGGAGUCGGCCGAUGGGUUUACAGCGGUCUUGCCCAAAGAUGUGAAGAACGGGACCUCUACUUGGGCACCUGGUGUUCUGCCGAGGUUUCCUACUAGCCCGACUUCGGGGUUCGGUUUCAGCGUUGGAGCUGGAUUGGAUGUCUGGGCUGAUAACCAGAACAAAUAUGCCAUCGCUGCCGAUAAGGUUACUGCUACGGGCACGAUCAACGACAUAUCCGGCCAGCCAAUCGACACCUCCAAAUUCAGAAUCUUCGUCGACAUGGUCGAUGUCUCUUUCCCGAAAGGCCGAAACACCACUGUCAAGAUUCCAAUACAAAUCAUAUACAACGGCGCAAUCACCGAUCUCGUCGGUACCGACGACAAGGUCCUCCAAUUGCUCUCCUCCAGCUGCAACACGCCCAUUCUGAACUACCAACCCAACGGCAACUCGCCACCCUUGGCGUUCAAGUUCGACGUCCAGAUCUCACCCGAGGUCUUCAAAUUCGUCAGCAUCCCGAUCAGCUUUGGACCGCUGAACUUUGCGUGCCCUGAUUCCCUCAAAACUCAAUUGGGCGUCCUGAGUAAAACAGCGGAGCCUUUUGUGAAGGUUCUUGGCGCGGCGGGUACCCUGGCGGGCGGAGGUGGCCCUGGCGCCGUGGGGGCGAUAGCGAGCAGCGCUGGCGUGGCUAUCCCGACGGGUAUCCCCACGGCCCUUCCGGCGGGGAUUCCGGGAGGAGCGGUUCCGACGGACUUGGGCGCCGCUGCUUCUGCAAUCGGCGCAGGCGCUCUGCCGACGGCAAUUCCCGAUUUGGCGGCGUAAAUGAGCAGGUCUCAUACAAACAAAGUGUAGACUACCCUUUGCGUAUUCAUAGCCUUGAAAUUCUUCUGUGUAGAUAGACGGGCCACGUUUUGAGUUUCUUUGGCUCUGUAUUCUUUAACUUAAGAAUCAAAGCGACUCGAAGGGGACACAUUCUAAGGACUACUCUCAUCCAA